UGCUCACCCCGAUCCACCCCGGGCACGUCCGCUCGUCGCACGUCCGCAGCUCCUAUUGUGACUCGAACAGUGAAAAACAUAGCCGCGACCCAUGAUAGAGCUGCACGCGGCCAUGGUCCAGGACUCCGACAGCAUCCACUCCACCCCGCCCAGGGCCACAGAAAUGAUCAGUGGUCCUGGGACGUUGGGCGGCCCGCCGCUGAAGACGCGGCAGAGCAGCGUGGACGGUGAGCGUCCGUGCGAGGGUUGCGGACGGCGCAUCAACGAUCGCUACCUGCUCAGCGUCGGCGAGAGUCUGUGGCACGAGCAGUGCGUCGCGUGCGCCGCCUGCGGAGUCAUGCUGACCAACUCGUGCUACUGGCGCAACGCAAAACUCUACUGCAAGGAUGAUUACGACAGGAUAUUCGGAGUGAAAUGUUCUGGUUGCGGGCAGAGGGUGCUGCCGCACGAGCUGGUGAUGAAGGCGCAGAGCCACGUAUUCCAUUUGCGCUGCUUUGUAUGCACUGUCUGUUGCCAGCAGCUGCAAAAGGGCGAUCAAUUCGUGAUCAAGGCAGGACAGCUCUUCUGCAGGGCCGACUACGAAAAAGAGCUCUACAUGAUGCAGCAAGCCAGCCCCAGAGACGGAAUCUUGGACGAGAACAGCAGACCCAGGGACGGACGCAGGGGCCCCAAAAGGCCCAGGACGAUACUCACCUCAGCGCAACGACGUCAGUUCAAAGCCUCGUUUGAAGUCAGCCCUAAACCCUGUCGCAAGGUGCGAGAAGCGUUAGCGAAAGAUACAGGUCUCAGCGUGCGAGUUGUGCAGGUGUGGUUUCAAAACCAGCGGGCCAAGAUGAAGAAAAUCCAGCGAAAGGCGAAACAGGAGUCGGACAAACACCCGAAGAGCAAGGACAAGGACCAGGACGACAGCAGGAUCAAGCAGGAAGACUCGCACUCGGACUCAGAACAUUAUUUAGGGAUGGGACUGCGAGACCCGAGCGAGGCCUACACCCCCGGCAGCCAGCCGCUCAACCCCAAUAUGCCCUACUCACCAGAUGACAAUUAUCCGACGCACUCGGGCGAGAGCUUCGCCAGUUCGGACAUUUCGCUGGACGGCAGUACAAACUUCGACCAACUGGACGAGACGGCGUCGGACAGUCUGAGUUUGCAGACCCUGGAGCCGGUGACGCACCAGACGUCGCUGGACAUCCCGGGCAUGACCUCGUUCGGGCCGGUGAACCCGAUCGACAAGCUGUACUUGAUGCAGAACUCGUACUUCAGCACCGAGCAGUGACACGAGGCCAACUUCUACGCGGCGCCCUUUUACAACAACAACUGAGAUGCUUUAUAUUAUUAUAAAUCAAACCUCUAGUCAGUGUAAUAAUAUGGAGCAUGUUUUUUGUGAUAUUUCUAAAAUAUAAAUUAUAUAUAUAUCUAUAUCAGAGUCAGCAUAAUUGAAUAAAUGAUGUGACUGCGAACGGGCGAGUUUUCGGUUCGAUCGGUGUUUCGACAGGAUUUAGUCAGUGUAUUCAGUCUCUCAUCGCCACGCACAUUUGCAGUCUAAUUGUUCUUU